UUUGACAGCUCAUCCAUUAUUUACGAUGUCUGCAAGUCUAUUUAUGAAAAAUUUAGUGAUUACAACUUAGGUCCAGAAGCUGAUUAUGGUCUAUUCUUAGCGGAUGAAGAUCCUAAGAAGGGUAUUUGGUUAGAUCCUGGCCACGCCCUAGAUUUUUACAUGCUAAAAAAUGGGGAUCUAGUCGAGUAUAGGCGUAGAAUGAGACCCUUGAAAGUAAAAAUGUUGGACGGAACAGUCAAGACUGUCAUGGCUGACGACAGUCAUCACGUUGGACAAUUAAUAAAGUCCAUUUGCUUAAAAUUAGGUAUUCAAAAUUCGGAUGAGUUUUCCCUUGUUGUAGAAGAAGUCAACGAUGAGAUAUCGAACAAAACUCAAACGAAAGAUAAAACUAUCCAACGAGACCAGAAAAAAUUAGAUCAACUUAUCAAGAAACUGCAUACGGAUGAUGAAUUAAAUUGGCUCGCUCAUGAGAAAACAUUAAGAGAACAAGGAGUUGAUGAGUCGCAAACUCUUGUACUUAGACGGCGGUUUUUCUUUGCUGACUCCAACGUCAGUACUCUAGAUCCUGUUCAGUUGAAUUUGCUUUAUGUACAGACGCGUGAUGAUAUUAUUAAAGGCACGCAUCCGGUAACCUUUGAAGAAGCUUGUACGUUUGGUGGUCUGCAAUGCCAAAUUCAAAUUGGUAAUCACGAUCCGUCAAAGCAUAAGCCUGGAUACGUAGAUUUAAAACAGUACUUGCCUGCUGAAUAUGUAAAAAUGCGAGGAGCAGAAAGAAAGAUACUUUCGGAACAUGCAGAAUUAGGUGGCUUGUCAGAGUUAGAGGCAAAAGAACAGUACGUCAAGCAAUGUCGUGCACUUAAAACCUAUGGUGUUACUUUCUUUGUAGUCAAGGAAAAGAUAAAAGGAAAGAAUAAAUUAGCUCCACGAUUAUUAGGUAUAACACGAGACAGCGUUUUGCGAGUAGAUGAAAAGACAAAAGAGGUUCUAAAGUCAUGGCCUCUCACAACCAUCAGAAGAUGGGCAGCAUCAGCGAACAGUUUUACGCUUGAUUUUGGUGAUUACUCGGAUUCCUUCUAUUCCGUACAAACAAAAGAAGGAGAGCAAAUUUCUCAAUUAAUAGCCGGAUAUAUUGAUAUUAUUAUAAAAAAGAGGAGAGUUGAAGGCCGUCAGUUAGACUUUGAUGAAGAAGGCGCAGUAAUGGAGGAUUCUGUAUCUCCGGCUAGUGCAACAGUAAUUCAACAAAGGCAGGGGAACUCCGCUCAUUCUGAAUCUCAAAGUGUCUCAGUUCCUGGUAUUGUUGGGCAAGGCGGACAAGCUCCGCAAAGUCUUAUUAUGGGCUCAGUUCAGCAAAAUGCGCAUAUAUCUUCCAAAGAAAAACAUGCACAUCAAUUACAUGCGCCACAGAGUCCAAAAGCAGCCUUUUUAAGUAAUAUUUCGGCUGGUUUCAUGGCAGCAUCUGCCACAACUGCAGCAUUAGAUGAGCCAGCCGAGUUGCCAGAUCUUGGUUCAGAUCCGGCAUCUUUACAGUGGAAGCGUAAUACCCUUCACAUAUCUCAAGAAAAUGUCAGAGCAAACAUAGCUGCAAUUAAUGGAUCCGCUGCUGCAAUAAUACUGUUAACAUCAAAUCCUGAUAAAGAAAUUGAUUAUACAGCCAUUGGCUCUUCCGUAACAACCAUUUCGUCAAAUAUGAAUGAUAUGGCCAAAAGAAUAAAAAUGAUUGCCGCUUUGCAAGACGAUGAGUACAGUGUUGACUUGAUUACAGCAACUAAAGAGUUAGCUUCUGCAUUUGUAAAACUGCUAAAAUCAAGUCAACCAGAGAGUAUGGAAUCGCGGCAGAGUUUGUUGGAGGCAGCUAAUGAUGCCGGAAUUCAUAGUAAAAGGAUCCUAACGUAUAUGGGGGAUAAGACCUUAAACGAGCAAUUUCAUGAGGAUCUCCUUAACGCCGCUAAAGCUGUAGCGUUGGCUACUACUACUUUAAUGAAGCAAGCGAAGAAUGUUGCGUCCAAUUCUAACGACCCGUCUCUUCAAGAUACCGUAAUCAUCACUGCUAAGAAUGGAGCCAUUUCUUCAUCGCAGCUUGUAACCUGUGUCAAAAUUCUUAGUCCCACAUUGGAUUCCCUACUUUGUCAGGAGCAACUUUUUGAUGCUGGUCAAAAUGUGAUUAAAGCUAUAAAUAACGUUGUUGCUGCUUGCAAGAAUGAAAGCGUAGACGAAGAUUUACAGGAAGAUGUUGACGAGGCAGCUAACCAAGUUAAAAUCGCUAUUGAUAACCUUAAUAACUUUGUAAAGGGAAACUUAUCAAGCAGUAAUGAAAUAAGCAAAUACGAUGGAAUUUGUGACGUGAUAUUAGAUGCCAGCGAGAAAUUGUUUAAUAGCGUUGGUAACGCUGUAGAAAUGAUAAAACAAGCUAAGAUGAUGGCCCAGGGUGCGUCUGAUCUCGUAAAUUCUAUCAAACUGGAGGCAACAGAAGAACAAUACGAAGGGGACAGACAGAAAUCGUUGCUUUCUGCAGCACGCAUGGUUUCGGAUGCAACUGGUCAAAUGGUUGCUGCCGCUAAAGCUUGUACGCAAAGACCAAAUGAUCCAGUAUUACAGCAAGAACUUAAAAGAACUGCUGAAAAUUUGAGAUAUUCCGUAAAUGCAGCUUCAGGAAAUGCCCUUAUAAGAAAACGAAUAUUCGAUCUAGAAAUUGCCGCAAAGCAGUUGGCGAUAUCUACAAUGCAGCUAAUUGCUGCAGCUCAUGGAGUUUCUACGUCCAAUAGAAAUGAGAAUUCACAGAAAGAUCUUGAGGCUAAGUGCAAGAGUACUGGCGAUAGCUGUGCUAAGCUUAUUGAAGGUUACAAUAAUAGUGCUGCUAAUCCGAAUAAAACUGGAUAUUUACUAGCCCUUAUUAGUGCCAGUGAAGAAAUGAUACAACCUGCAAGUGACCUCAUUACAUCAGCAAGAUCAGCUAAUCCGCAUGUAAAUAAUAUGGCUGCCGCUAAUCAGUUGUCAGCUUUUACGAAAGCCACUGUUACUGCAUUGAAUGAUCUCAAAACAGCUUGUAAUAAGGCCUCCGAAGUUUGUGGAUCGGUUGAAAUGGAUACCACCUUAGAAGUUGUUGAUUCCUUAAUUGAAGACCUAGCAGCUAUCAGAGUAGCUGUAGAUGCGAAGAAAUUAUUACCGCUACCUGGAGAGUCGCUGGAAGCAUGUACAAUGGAAUUAGGCGCUACCUGUAAAUCCCUAGGAUCUGCGAUGGCACAAUUAAUAACAGCUGCUACACAAGGGAACGAAAGCUAUACAGGUUUGGCUGGACGUGAUAUGACCAAUUUACUACGUGCAUUAACCGGAUCGGUGCGAGGAGUUGCAGCAGGAUCCGAUGACGUUAUUGAACAAGCAAAGAUUAUUAAUAAUGCUGAUGAAGUAUUAAGGAAGUCGAAUACACUUUUAAGUAACGCAAAACUUCUUGCCUUGAACCCUGGCGACCCGAACCUAAAAACAUUACUGCAUGAGGCUGCUAAGGAUAUGGCCAGUGCUUUAACUAAGUGCAUUGACUGUUUACCUGGUCAAAAUGACGUCAACACUGCUAUUGAUUCUAUUCGUGACUCUUCCAAUUCUUUAAAGGCCAAUGUAAGACCCAUUUUAUCACUAUCAAGGGAUAGAAGCCUUCAAGACUGCCAAAAUAAAUUAUCCACAAUGGCGGCAAGUCUCAACGUACUCGCUAAUGAAGUAGUUAAAGUAUCGACAAAUUCUUCCCAGGAACUUCCCGAUUCAGCUAAGAAAUUUGCAGCAAUGCAUAGCCGACUACUAUCUACGGGUUCAGACGUAGCAGGACAUUUUGACGAUAAUUUAGAGCAAGAUAAAAUUGUUGGAAAUUUAAGAAACAUUUCUAAGUCCUCCAUAAAUCUGCUAUCAACUGCAAAGUUGCACUCUAUGAACCCUUCUGCACCGAAUAUUAGAAACGAAUUAACCGCAGCUGUUAGGGCUGUUGCGGAAGGUAUCAAUAAGCUAAUCGAUUCAUGCACAAAGGUAUCAUCACUUGGUGCUAAGGAAUGUGAGAGGGGAUUAAGAAGGAUUCAGGUAAUGGCCGGUGUCAUUGACAGCCCUAAAGAACCCGUAACAGAUGCAUCUUACUUUGCUUGUCUUGAAACUGUUGUCGAAAAGUCGAAACUGUUGGGAGAGACUAUGUCUUCUGUCAAUAACCAUGCUAAGAAAUCCGAAGAACCUGAAUUUAUUAAUGCUGUCAAGAUGUCUGUGGAUCUCAUGUGCAUACUACUUGAAGCAGCUGCACAGGCUGCAUACCUAGUUGCAAUCUCUGAUCCAAGCAGUAUUGCUGGCAAGCCUGGAUUAAUAGAUCAAGCAUACUUUGCCAGGCUUAAACAAGCAAUCAUUCAAGCAACUGAUACUGUUGCCAAAACAGAUAGUACUUCGGAAGAAUUAUUAGUAGCAGCUACUGAAAUUGCGAAAAAUUCUACUUUACUUUGCACGGCAUGCAAAGAAGUCUCUGUAAAAACAAGCAAUCCAGUAGCUAAAAGACAAUUUGUACUCUCAGCUAAAGAUGUUGCUAAUGGAACAGGAAACGUUGUUCGAAGUAUCAGAAAUCUUGCUGCUGCGUACUCAAAUGAUGCGAAAGAAACGUGUAUUGCGGCAACUAGACCAUUGGUAGAGGCUGUGGAAUCUCUAAUAUUAUAUGCAUCGUCUCCUGAGUUCGCCUCUGUUCCUGCUAAAAUCAAUACAAAAGCUCAGGAAGCCCAGGUACCCAUAGUUACUGCCGGUAAAGUGAUUGUAUCUACUGGUAGCACUUUAUUUAGUGCAGCGAGAGACCUAAUGUUUGACGGUGAGGACAAUACCCAGCCUUCAAAACUUUCUGGCCACAUCAAAGGCGUUCUUUCUGCUAUAAAACAAUUGGUAGCAGCAAUUAAAGAAAAAGCCCCAGGACAGCAGGAAAUUAGUCUAGCACUUGAUCAGAUCAAUCGAUGUAUAACAGCAAUUAAUCAGAAUGCCUUACUGGCUAUCAGUGGCAUGUUAUCGCCUCAGGAAGAUGCUACACUUCAGGCUCUGCAAGAUCGGAUGACUGGGUUAGUCAAUGAAAUGCUAUACUCUGUUGAUGGCUUGGCUACAGCUGCUAAAGGAGAACCUGAAAAAUUGGGUCACCAGGUAACAUCCUUUACCAAUUUUAUUGAGCCUUUAACAAACGCUGCCAUUGGAGCGGCAUCAGUAAUGAAUAAUCAAUCACAACAAAGGAAUUUGCUAGAUCAAACUAAGACCGUUACUGAAGCUCUCUAUAGCUUGAUGUCGGCGGCAAAAGAAGCCGGAGGAAACGUCAAGGCAUCAAAUAUUGUUGAAGCCAAGCCAGAGCACUCUUUUGUGGAUUAUCAAACACGAAUUGCUCGAACUGCUAAGGCUAUAGCUACUUGUAGUCAGGACAUGGUAUCGACAAGAAUAAAAACCUCAGUUUAUGAAGUGGGAAAAUCUUCAUUAGCGCUUACCAAGUUAUGUGGACUUGUGGAGUCUGAUCCUGAUGAUCAAUCCUUAAAAAGAAAACUAGCUGACAGUGCUAGAAGUUUAGCUGAGAAUGUUUCCUAUUUAAUGGCUGCAAUGCAAUCGGGAUCAAGAGGUACCCAGGCAUGUAUUGAUGGUUGUACUAUACUUUCUGGUUUAAUUGGUGACCUGAGUACAUACAGCAUGUUUGCCUCUGCUGGGACGCUCGAAAGUGAAGUUGAAAAUGAUUCUUUUGUAAAUUACCGAGAUGAAAUCUUACUGGCCGCAAAAUCUUUGGCUGAAGAUUGCUCAAAACUGACUGCCAGCUCGUCGUUUACGCAGGAGCAGCUUGCAGAUGAUAUUCAUAAAAUUAUUGAUCGAAUAUCCUGUCUUAGCAACAGUAUUAAACUAGGAGCGUCUGCCCUCCCAGUAGCUGAAUUGGAUACUCAAGUUAUGCUCUUAAACAGCGCUAUGGAUGUAGCAGUUGCUUUAAAUAAUCUCCUAAAUGCGACCAAAAGUGCAUCUGGAAAGCCAGAUUCAGAUCCUAGUUUCGCGGAAUUGAAAACGAAUGCAAAGAGUCUCGUAGAAUCAGUAUCGUCUUUAAUUAAAACGGUGACGACUGUUGGAACAUCCUCAGCGCGAGGCCUAAGAGCCCUAGAAUCAACAAUAAAUGCAAUUAGCCACGAAUUGAAGUCAAUCGACAAACCACCUGAAAAUUCAGAGAGAAAAGUGACUCCGGAAGAUUUAAUCCGUAGUACUAAAGGAAUUACCGUCGCCACUGCUAGGGCUGUUGCUUGUGGCAAUUCUGGUAAACAAGAGGAUAUUCUUGCGGCUGCGAAUGCUGGUCGACAAGCUGUAUUCAAUAUGAUUGAAAUGGUCAAGCUUGCCGCACUCGAAUGUAAUUUGGAUGUUAAAACGGAUCUCAUAAGUUCAUGUCAAGAUUGCGUGAACUACUUCUUGAAAUUAUUGCAGUCUUUAUCGCAGACAUUAGAGAAUCCAACAACUGAACGAAAACAAAGUUUACCACUACAAUCAAGAUAUGUUGCCUCAGCUGUUAGUGAAUUAGUUAGAAUCGCUCGCGAAUUGAAAGGAAAUGAUUAUGUGGAUCCUGAAGAUCCAGCUACUAUGGCCGAAAAUGAGCUUUUAAAUGCUGCGGCUUCAAUCGAAAUGGCUGCUAAAAAGCUGGAAAAAUUGAAGCCAAGACAGAUGAAAAAUAGUGCGGAUGAGUCAUUAAAUUUUGAGGAACAAAUUAUAGAAGCAGCAAAAUCUAUCACCUCUGCUACUGCAUUACUUAUAAAAUGUGCUACAGUUGCUCAGAGGGAGCUAGUAGAACAAGGAAAGAUAAAAGAUAUUAAAGGUGGUGAAUCUACUCAGGAGGAAUCUCAGUGGUCGGAAGGCUUGAUUUCAGCUGCACGUAUGGUUGCAACUGCAGUUGGAGCUCUUUGUGAUGCUGCUAAUGCGGCAGUACAAGGAAAUGCAAGUGUAGAACGCCUUGUUUCAUCGGCUAAGGCAGUGGCUGCUUCUACUGCUCAACUUCUUGUAGCAUGUCAAGUUAAAGCUGACAAAGAGAGCAAAUCGAAUGCUAGACUUCAGAAAUGUCUAGCGCUAACUUUGAUUCUUAUUCAGGCCGCUGGAAAUGCUGUAAAAAAAGCAACAGAUAGUCUGGUUAAAGCCGCUAAGGUUGCCCGUGGUGAUCGCAAUAGUGAUCCAAUUGGUCAACCUGUAAUAGUUAAUAAAAAGCUAGUUGGAAGCUUAGCCCAAGAAAUUGAGGCGCAAGAAGCGAUUUUGAAAAAGGAAAGAGAAUUAGAAGAAGCAAAGAAAAGGUUAGCUGCUAUUCGUAAAGCGAAAUAUCACCAUGAUUCACAAAAUAAGCCUGGCAAGGGUAGCGAAACGCCUGAGACGAGUGGAAGUAGUAGCAGCGGAUUGGAUGCCUUUGGAUCACAGUAA